AUGAGACAGGAGGCGGCAACCAGCAAAGUGGUGAAACAGGAGGACGCCCUGCACCACCGCAAGGAGCCGCCCCCCUGCCGCCAGGACGAUCCGCCAGCACUGGCUGCGUCGCUGUCAUCGCCGUCGUCACUGUCAGAGGACGAUGGCGACGCCAUGCCGCAGCCAUCUACUUCAUACGCGGUCUUGCUGCGCCGGGAGGGCGAGCCGGCGUCCGCGGCAGCGGGGGAGGAGCUGCUGCUGGUACCACCGCUCAACUUCGCCAUGGUGGACCACGGCGUGUACCGCUCCGGAUUCCCGGACGUCUCCAACCUUCCGUUCCUUGAGGCCCUCAGACUCUGCUCCGUCCUGUGA